GGAAAGCCUUAGGAGUACAGUGUUCAAAUAUACCAAAUGAAUGUGCUGAUGCCAAUGCUGCCUGUCUGGAUAAAAAGUGCACAUGUGGUUCCAAUCACUACGAUAAUAAUGGUUUUGAUGUGGGUGGAAGCUGUGAAAGUGUAUCUGAACUUACAGUCACUAGCAUAACAUUCCAAUCAGUAACAACUUCAGGAUUUACAGUUUCAUGGACACCUCCUUCAGGGGGAAAAGCAUCUUACAUAAACAAGUAUGAAGUAGAAUGGAGUCUUAAAAUUUCUGAUACUAGUAUGGCAGGGGGGAAUAAUGAGGUUUCUGCCAGUACUACGUCAUUUGAUAUCAGUACUGGUGUAACAGCAGGAAAGGCAUAUGAGGUGAAUCUGAUAUCUGUAAACACUAACACUAGAAAAGAUCAUACUCGGAAAACAUCUAUGACAUUGGAGCAAGCUUCAAGUAAGUUUUAUCUUUUGGAGGAUUGA